AUGAGUAGUGCAGAGUUUCUAGCUCAAGAACAAGCAGCCUUCGAUUACGAAGUCAAAGAAGUCGAAAGAUGGUGGCAGUCACCUCGUUUCGCUAAAGUAAAACGACCAUACACUGCCGAACAAAUAGUAUCAAAACGCGGCAGCAUAAAGCAACAAUACGCCUCAGACACCCAGGCAAAAAAACUAUGGAAACUCUUGGAACAUCAUCACAAGAACAAAACUGCCUCACAUACCUUUGGCGCGUUAGACCCGAUCCAGGUGGUACAAAUGGCGAAAUAUCUCGAGACUGUUUAUGUGUCCGGUUGGCAGUGUUCAUCGACCGCUUCCACCUCUAAUGAACCGGGCCCAGACCUUGCGGACUAUCCAAUGGAUACGGUUCCGAAUAAAGUAGAACAUUUGUUUUUGGCCCAGCAGUUUCAUGAUCGUAAGCAGCGUGAAGCUAGGUUUAGUGUUGAUUUGACAUCUCGUGCUAAACUUCCAUUUGUUGAUUAUCUGAGACCGAUUAUCGCGGAUGCGGAUACCGGACAUGGUGGUAUUACGGCUAUUUUGAAGUUGACUAAAAUGUUUGUAGAACGUGGUGCUGCUGGAAUCCACAUUGAAGAUCAAGCACCAGGUACUAAAAAAUGCGGUCACAUGGCUGGAAAAGUACUAGUUCCAGUCUCGGAACAUAUUAACCGUCUAGUCGCCAUUCGCGUGCAAUUCGACAUAAUGGGAGUCGAGAACUUGAUAGUAGCGCGAACAGAUUCUGAAGCAGCCACACUAAUCUCUUCAAACAUCGACUCCCGUGAUCACCCAUUCAUUAUCGGUUCAACAAACCCCAAUCUUCGUCCAUUAGUGGAAGUACUGGAUAAGGCGCACGCCGAAGGAAAACUUGAAGAAGAAUCAUCCGCGAUCGAAAACAAAUGGAUGCAGGAUGCCGGACUGAAACUCUAUUCUGACGCGAUUGCUGAUCUAAUAAAAGCAUCUAAUAAACCUAAUAAGAGUGAUCUUUUGAAACAAUGGAAUGACAAAGUCUUUGAGUUACCACACAAUGAAGCUAGAGUGUUUGCUAAGUCUCUUGGAUUUGAGGUCUUUUGGGAUUGGGAUUUGCCGCGUACUCGUGAGGGUUUCUAUCGUUAUCAGGGUGGUACCAAGUGUGGUAUUGCUCGUGCCGUUGCUUAUGCACCAUAUUGCGACCUAUUAUGGAUGGAAACAAAGAGUCCAAUCUACAACCAGUCUAAAGAAUUUGCAGAGGGUGUAUUAAGCAAGUAUCCUGAUGCGUGGUUAGCGUACAAUUUGUCGCCCAGUUUCAAUUGGGAUGCAGCUGGCCUGAAAGAUGAACAUAUUCGCUCCUUUGUCAGUGAUUUGGGUCAACUCGGCUUCGUAUGGCAAUUCAUCACAGUCGGUGGUCUUCACUCGAAUGCCUUGGAUGUAUUUGCGCGUAACUUUGCAAAAGAUGGCAUGUUAGCGUACGUAAACCGUAUUCAACGUCUUGAACGUGAGAAUGGCGUCGAAGUGUUGCAUCAUCAAACUUGGUCCGGAGCCAACUAUUAUGACUCAUUAAUCAAAGUUAUACAAGGUGGAAUUGCCUCGACAGCCGCAAUGGGUAAAGGAGUGACUGAGGAUCAGUUCAAAAAUUAG